GCUCUCUCUUUUCUUCUUCACGGGAUUUCCCACGCAGACCAGAUGAGCCGGUAAUGUGGCCUAGGGAACUUCCUUAAUCCGGGUCGUCGAAUCCGAUCUCCCAAAAUCCGAAUGCCCGUUUUUUCAUGGGUUUUGGGGGAUCACUAUGGGUUGCGUCAGCUCCAAGAAGGCUCGCUCCAAUGUCUCCCCUCCUCGCGAGCAAUCCCUUCCCCACCGCAAUGCCAGCGGGAAGAGAUCACAGUUUGGUUCGGGUAAGCUCAAAUUCGGGCUCGGAUCCUCCAGGGAGAUCCGGGUCGAUCCUGAGAACGAUAAACUCGAGGCACCCAAAUCUUCUUCCUCCUCCUCCUCUUCGUCGUCCUCGGCUCGGCAUUCCGGGAAUUCGACUGUGUCAAAGAAGGAGCUUCUGGAAAACCAGAUUUCUGUCAGCAUCCCCGCGGGGAGGCUGACGGAAUGCGAACAAAUAGCUGCCGGUUGGCCGACCUGGCUCACUUCUGUUGCCGGAGAGGCCGUCGACGGCUGGCUUCCUCUUAGAGCUGACAUGUUCCAAAGAUUAGAUAAGAUUGGACAAGGUACAUAUAGCACAGUGUACCGAGCACGGGAAAAUGAAAGUGGUAGAAUGGUUGCACUGAAAAAGGUCCGGUUCGACAAUUUCCAAGCAGAUAGUGUAAGGUUUAUGGCACGAGAAAUAACAAUUCUUCGCACGCUUGAUCAUCCAAACAUCAUGAAACUUGAGGGAAUAAUUACUUCCAAGUUAUCUUGUAGCAUAUACCUCGUGUUUGAAUACAUGGAACACGACCUUGCUGGAUUGCUCUCUUCUCCUGACAUCAGAUUCACCGAGUCACAGAUCAAAUGCUACAUGAAGCAGCUGAUGUUGGGUUUGGAGCAUUGCCAUUCAACGGGGGUAAUACACAGAGACAUCAAAGUUUCCAACAUUCUAGUAAACAAUGACGGGGUUUUGAAGAUAGCUGACUUUGGACUUGCAAACUUCAUUAGUGCAAAAAACAUACAACCACUGACAAGCCGCGUGGUGACCCUGUGGUAUCGGCCUCCUGAACUCCUGCUGGGGUCGACAAAUUAUGGGGUGACGGUUGAUUUAUGGAGCGCAGGUUGCGUUUUUGCUGAACUCUUUUGUGGGAGGCCAUUCCUUAAAGGGAGAACUGAGGUGGAACAACUGCACAAAAUCUUUAAGCUUUGUGGUUCUCCACCAGAGGAUUACUGGAAAAAGUCUAAGCUUUCACUUGCCACUGUGUUCAAACCGCAACAUCCUUAUGAGAGUACACUCCGAGAGCGAUGUAGAGAAUUCCCUGAAGCCGCUGUGGACCUCUUAGAAACACUUCUUGCAAUAGAACCGUGUAAGCGUGGAACUGCUUCGUCGACACUUGCCUCCGAGUAUUUUAGUUCAGCGCCAUACCCUUGUGAUCCAUGGAGCUUACAAAAGUACCCUCCUAACAAAGAGAUUGAUGCAAAAUCCCGUGAAGAUGAACGGAGAAGGAAUGCAAUUUAUGCAACAAGAGGUUAUGGAGCUUCCAAACAUCCUAGAAAAGUCCGAAAAAAUCUACACGAAUCUAUCAAUUUCUGUAGAGCUCUUCCAAUGCAGGAGAUGGAGGCCAACAUUCCAUUUUCUCGUAGAAACCAUGUUGGUGGCGGGAGCCGUGCUACUAAAGGAGCUACAGUGUCACGAGUUUCAUUAAAACCAUCAUACGAUACAAAGUCCGAGGUUUCUCAAGCAACGACAGAUCUAUCACAAGCUGAAACAGCUGUCUCCGCCCCUCUAGAAAUGUCUUCUAGUUCGAAAGGGGGAAAGAACAAAAAACAAGAUUAUGCAGGUCCAAGGACUCACACUAAUAAUGCCAAUUCAAAAGGUCUAAAGUGUAAUGUCUUGGAUCAUUUGUCAGAUGGCUUCCAUACUGAAGCUAGAAGCCCAGAUAUGGUUGAUAAGCGUGCUCUUCGUAAGCAGCGGUUAAAAUCGGGAAGACAACAAUCAUUUGACUCAUCAGAUAUGUAUCACUCAAGAAAGCCAUCAUUGGAGAAUGAUGAUCCACAAGGAAGUACUGGGUUUUUAGGGGCAUUUUGCCAACAACCAAGUAGGUUUGAUACAAGGCAAGAUAUCAGACCUCGUCAAACUGUUCGUAGAUCCCGUUUCUACAGAGAUUUGUAGCUCAGAAUGAACUAAGGAAGAAUGACAUUCAACUAUGAAGUUCUUCCAGAUUUUUUGGCACUUCUCUCAGGUAAAAAAAAGUAGUGAAAUGCACAAAGGAAAAUCAGAAUUCCAAUCAAUUUUUGAGGAGAGCGAAUUAACGGAUUCAAGGUUCAGUGGGCACCAUAGAAUGCAGAUCAGAUUUUGCAGUCACCACUGCAUUUUGUCUUGGAAAUGAAAUCUAAUGAAAAUUUUAUGUGCUAAGUGCAACCAUGUAUAGAUCUGAAAUGUAUUUCUAUUGUCGAGUGUAAAGUACAGAGCAGAGUGGUGCUAAACUCUUUUUUGUUAUACAUACUAUUGUAUUUUGUUGGCUUUAAUGCACAUUCCCAUUCAUCUGGAUCCAUGAUUUAUGAAAAGAAAGGACGCACCACGUCCUUGAAG